CAGGCAUCCUCCUCUCCUGAAGCGAAUCAGAGUAUCGAUCUUGUGUACUCACCCUUGAUCGUCUUUAUUAUUAAGCCCCCUUGAUAUUGAUUCGAAUGAUUCUAGGUAUCACAUCAAAACACCAUAGACUACAUGGGAGGUGUCUACAUCAAUGGGGGAUACAUAUGGGGCGCCGACCGAGAUGUGUUUGGCUCGAAACCAAAUGACGAAGGUCUUGUGUUCUGGCGAUGUGAAGUAUACAAGCGCCCCGAGAAGGAGUUCGUUGCGGCUGUUACCUUUAACAUCGAGUCCGAUGACGACGCUGUCUCAGAUUGGUUGCGACUCGAUGACAAGCGACGUCCUCGAUUACUUGACCCCGCCAAUGUCGAUUGGAUAAAGUACGAGCUCAAUCGAUGCCAGGAAGAAUGUGGACAUGUUAAUGUAGACGUGGCUUUCGUUCCAACAAGACUGAUCGACGUGGGGAGCACCGACGUAGCCAUCCCACGCCUGGUCACCUCGGAAACUCUGCACAAAGCAAAUGAGGGGAAGCUCAACGGAGUUGAGUAUGUGACGCUUAGUUACUGCUGGGGUUCCAGAGGAGAUGCAGCUGAACAGCUGAAAACAACCAGAGAGAACUUGUCAGAACACCUUGAGGGUAUACCACUCGACUUUAUGAGUCCAGUUGUGAGAGACACCGCUAUCACCUGCAGAGCUCUCAGUCUACGAUAUUGUCGCAAAAACGACGCCGUUAAUUACGGGCAGCAAUUAACGCCAUAUAUACCCUACGACAGAUAUCUCUGGGCAGAUGCGCUCUGCAUCAUUCAAGGAGACAUAGAAGACUGGAACACGGAAAGCUUGACCAUGGGCCGUGUUUACUGCUCUACUCUGACCAUUUGUCCGUUGGCGUCUACGUCUUGUCUGCAGGGGUACCUUGGUGAACGGCCACCAGUUCUUAACGUGCCAUUUCAGUCGAAACAACGCGAGACUAUUCACGGGACCUACACGUUCUAUCCAUCUUCGGAUGACCGGAAGCCGAUUUGGAACUCAUCGACAUUAAUGAACGACUUGAAGCAGUCAGUAUGAGAAACCAGGGGCUGGACGUUUCAGGAGAACAUGCUGUCAACAAGAUUGCUCUUUAUCGGGCCUGGAAUGUGGCACUUUGCUUGCGAGAAUGGUUCCACGUCUGAAAAUUCAUACGUGACCCUCGGAUCGGUCAUUCACGGGUAGUUGAGACCACUCGUCAAUAUAGCACGAGAACCGAA